AUGGCUGGAGACGAUAUAUUUUCUGAAACUCCCAAUGGUGGCAGCGGCACCAGCGGCACCUCCUCUGAUGAAUCUGCAAAUCCGCUUUUCCUCCAUCAUUCAGACCAUCCCGGUCUCAUCCUUGUCUCCAAGAAAUUGACAGGAGACAAUUACAACUCAUGGUGUCGUGCCAUGAGGAUCUCCUUGAGUGCGAAGAAUAAGACCGGAUUCAUCACCGGUGCAAUCAAAGAACCAUCUGCAAUCAAGAAACCAGAGGAGCAUGCUCUAUGGCAGCGAUGCAACGACAUGGUCUUGUCCUGGAUUCUCAAUUCUCUUGAACCAGACCUUGCUGACUCGGUUCUCUCCUGCACAACACCUCAUGCAAUUUGGGAGGACCUUAGGGAUCGCUUUGCCUUGGGAAACGCCCCACGUAUCUUCCAGGUUCAAAGAGACAUCUACAAGAUUGAACAAGGCCAAUUGUCAAUCGCUGCUUAUUAUACCAAGUUGAAAGCACUUUGGGAUGAACUUGCCUCAUACAAUACAGUACUCGUGGUCAAAUUUUACUAA